AUGGCAAUGAAGCUCGUAUUAUUCGCACUGUUGAUGAUAAAAAAUGCCUCAGCCGAUGAACAAACUCACACUGAAAAAUCUCCGAGCUGGGUUUCAACCGUCGAGAGAAUUCUCUAUCAAGGUCAACUAAAAUUCUUACUACGGCACGGACUACGAAGGCCGCGACACUGGCGACCAUGGCUGACACCAGUUUCACCGGUACCAAGGACAAGGACAGGGAGAAAUCCGGACGUUGUGGUAGCUCAGGACGGGUCUGGAAAUUAUGGUACUAUUAAAGAGGCUCUCGAUGCGUCACUUGAUAGAAGAGAUGAUAGUAGGUUUGUAAUUUAUGUGAAGUGUGGGACUUACAAUGAAUACCUAGUUGUGACUGAGCAUAUGAAGAAUGUAAUGCUUUGUGGGGAUGGGAUUGGAAAUACUAUUAUUACAGGUAGCCAUAGCGCUCGAGCAGGGUACAAGACAUGGAAAGCUGCUACUGUUGAACCUCCCAAAUUUCUGGUUAAACUUGCAGUGGUUUGUGGCGAUGGAUUCGUUGCCCGAGACAUCACAUUCAGAAACACGGCUGGUCGCGAAGCCUACCAAGCACCAGCACUGGCAUCAAACGCACAGCACUCCGCCUUCUACCGGUGCAGCUUCGAAGGAUACCAAGACACCCUCUACGUCCAAAGCGGCCAACAAUUCUACAGAGAAUGCGAAAUCUCUGGCACCGUCGACUUCAUCUGCGGCAACGCCGCCGUAGUCAUCCAAAACUCCAACAUCUACGCCAAGCGAUCACGCACCGGCAAAGAGAUCGUCAUCGCAGCCUCAAACAGGAACUCCCAGGACUCCCGAACCGGGAUUGUAAUCCACAAUUGUCGAAUCAUGGCUGGAUCGGAUCUCAAACCGGUGAUGCACUCGUACAAGAUUUACUUGGGCCGGCCCUGGAGGCCUUAUGCUAGAACGAUUUACAUUCAGGAUGAGUUUGAUGUGGCGGUGGAUCCCAAGGGGUGGGUGGGUACCGAUUCGAGUUCGGGUGUUGGGAGUGCUGAUUUUAGAGAAUAUGGGAAUAGGGGUUGGGGUGCUUCGACUAGGGGGAGAGUAAGGUGGUCUGGUUAUCGAGGUACAGUGGACUCAAGUGAGGCCGAACAAUUUAGUGUGGCAAAUUUCAUUCAAGGCGAUUCGUGGCUUCCCGGUACAGGAAUUCCUUUCACUUCUGGUCUUUAAUGUUAAAUUCAGAGUCUUAUGUUAGAUCAAUAUGGAAUCGAGAAAAAUGUGUUUCAUGGAAUGAUUUCUUAGAAAUAGAAAGGUAGUAAGGAAUAAAGGAUCUUUUUCAUUGUUUUGACAUAAAUUUCGUUUUUGGGAAUUCUAUUUUUAGAAUUUGAUGAUUACUUUUGAAAUAAAAUUGGGUAGCUUUUAUUUUCUCAAAGUUAAUAAUGCAAAUUAU